UCAUAAUUAAAACCGAAUAUCAUAAUAGUUAUAAAAAUGUUAAAAGUUGUAGUGUAAGAAUUAAUAGUUUAGUUUACAUGAUUUUAAUUACGAAUAACCAAUGAUGACAAAUGAUCAAAGUUCUUCUAAUUACCAGUAAUUAGUAUUGAUACCGAAAAUUGUUUUCGGUUAUCAAUAAAAAUUAACCACGACGAUAUUUUUUUUGUUUACUUUUAAUAAUUGUCAACUUUUAUCAACAACACCUGAUAAUCAAUACCUGUCAAUGUCAAUACCAACUCUGGUUUUAAACACAUAUACGAAUGACAGAGGGCGUGCGGUGUGCUAUGUACGCAGACGUAAAAUAGGAGUAAUAAGUAGCAAAAAUGACUAUUAGUUCAUAUAUGCAUUAAUAGUUUAUAACGUGUCUUUCAGUGUUAUUAUAUAUAGAGAGGGAGAAAGUAUUAACCGAGCUAAAGAAAUAUAAACCCUGAAUUAUCCUUGGGUUAAGCAGUUCCAUCGAGAUUGCAUUUGUUGUAUAAUAUAUCAACAGAACCACUGCUUACAAGUGCUCUGAAGGUUUUAAGAUGGCAUUAUCCCGUAUCAGUAACUUCUAUUUAUCGACGAAUUUAUCACAGGCUUCGCAUACAGCAAACACAUCGUUAGGCAAAAUACAGUGUAUCCGGUUUGCAGCCGUUCAUCAAAAUCGCAUGAAAAAUCUUCACUUUACAAGUGUCCGUCAGUAUCCCGAUCCUCCUACUCUAUCGCUUCCUACAAACGUCUCCGAAAUAUUUGCUAAUGAGACCGGGCGAUUUACACCUGAAAGGGCACGAGACAUCGCUGCACCGAUACUAUUAUAUGGCAAGAGUGAUUGUAGAUCAUUUUUUUCGCAACAAUUAUCAAAACCAACAGAGCGUUCAAAUGGUUUGGAAAACUCCAGUGAUACACAUGUAGAUUCAUACGAUUGUUUUGGAGCAGUUAGUUUGAAUGGAUCGAUGCAAAGCAACGUCCCGAAACCAUUUUGCUCGAAUGGAAAAUCAACGCAUUUGAACAUGCCAGGCGGUCAAUGGGCUAGAGACGGAAAAUACAUCGCCGAGGAUAUGCAGAAAUCUCAUUAUCGAAGCAUUCGUUUACCUCAAGUAAAAUUGAAUAAAAGUAGUCUAACAAACCAUGUCACAGAAAAUUCACUUUUUAAGCCAAAAUACAUUUACAAUAUGGGAUAUUCAACGAAAGCAUCUGAACCAUCAAAACAGCAGGUGGCUACACCUACACAGCGUGUAUCCAUGACAGAUAAAUAUCUAACAUUAGUAAAGGAGUAUGGGAUUACUGUUUGCAUAUUUCAUACAACAAUUUCUCUGAUAUCUCUUGGUGCUUGUUAUGUAGCAGUAGUUAGAGGUAUAGAUUUAAUGCCUAUCAUUCUCUUUAUAUUCAACGUAGACGAUGCGACAAUAAGUGGUGUCAUUGGUAAUACGUCAACUUUCUUGGUUGCGUAUGGUUUUCAUAAACUCAUGGCACCUCUUCGGUUUCCAAUAACAGCAGGUGUAACACCAUUUAUUGUAAGAUAUUUAAGAAAAAUAGGAUUUCUUAAACCUCCAAAAAAUACACCAAAAAAUACACCAAAAAAUACGCAGCAAUAAUACUCUGUGAUUGAUUAUAAUAGUUAUUUGCUUGAUACUGUAUGAUUUGCACCUAUCUAUAUUUUGUAAUUAAAUAUUUAUAAACCAAAUUGAUUAAAUAAACUUACAUACACAUAUAAA